AUGUGUGUGAUGAUGAAUGUAGAGAAAUUAAUAUUAGAUAAUACAAAUUAUUCAAUAUCUAUACAACAAGGAGAAAGUACAGGUAGAUUUAUACUUUCUAGAGAGACUAUACAAAGAGGAUCAAAAGUAAUAUCAUUACCUAGGACUUCAUGUCAUGGAAUCUAUAAUCAUCUAGUUAGACAAGUUUGUCAUACAUGUCUGAAACAUUCAACGCUGGGAAACCUAAAACUAUCAUGUCAAACAUGUAAACAAGUUUAUUAUUGUUCAAGAGAAUGUCAAGAUGCAGCAGAAAGAGGUCUCUUUCAUAAUCAUUUAGAGUGUUUGGUAUUACGAUGGUUGAGGGUACCGGCAGGAUUUACAAUGCAUCAAGUGGCAGAGAUUCGUAUGGUGGUGAAUCACUUUUCAAAGGUUGCCUAUGGUACCGAUGACAAGGCAAUCAAACAAACAGUCGGUGAAUUUAAUCGAUUCCCCAAAGAAGAUUCAAAACUCAUCAUCAAGAUGAGUGCCGUUGUAAAGAGAGCAUUUGCAGGUUAUCUUUGUGAUUUGGACGACAGUCAUAUUUGCGAGGUCCUAGCACAAUCAAAUAGAAAUAGUUUUGGUCUUUGGAAAUCAUCAGAUGAACAAUAUGGUCUGGCAAUGUAUGCAACCGCUUCCUUUCUCAAUCAUAGUUGUUUUCCAAAUUGUGCUCGUGUUCAACGUAACGCAGGUAUCGAUAUCGUUGCCAUUCGUGAUAUCGAGGAAAACGAUGAAAUCACCAUUUGCUACAUCAAUGCUCGUGACAAUGAUACUGCUCGGAGAAUGAUACUCAAAGGUUGUUAUUACUUUGAUUGUCAAUGUAUUCGUUGUGAUUACAAAACUUUGGAAUCUAAAAAGUUGGAAAUCUCAACCCUAUUACAACAAUCUAUAAUGUGUACAAAUCCAAAAAUUAAUUGUUGUGGUUAUUUUAUUCCAAAUCAAAAUAAUCAAAAUAAUAAUAAUUUUAAUAAUAAUGAAAUGAUUUAA